CGACGGGAUAGAGGUUAUUCUGUUUACGAUCAAAAAGGGUUUGAACAUAAUAAUUCAAACAAGUAGUAUGCGGAAUUGUCCUUUUCCUUUAUAGGAAUCCUAUGAACAACAAGAUAUUUCAAAUUCUUUAUAAUCAGGCGACACCCGGAUUUGAACUGGGGAAAAAAGGAUUUGCAGUCCCUCGCCUUACCACUCGGCCAUGUCGCCAAAAGGAUACAAAAACUUUGGGAACGACUUUUUUGAUUGUACUUGUUUCUUUCUUUUCCUCCUAAAAAAAAUACUGUGAGUUUAUUCCACUUUAUUUUUUUUUUUAUUUUAUUUGAGCCAUCUAACUACAAAUAUAAAAAAUAUAAAAAAGUGUCUUUUAGUUGAAUCAAAAUCUUUUUUCUAAGAUACUAUAAAAAAGAUUUUCAAAUUAUUUUUUUUAUUAUCUAUGAAAUUCUUAGAAAUUCCUAAAUCUUUUUUAUAGUUCAGAUAUGGAGUUCGAUACAAUUUCAUGUGAUUCAGUAAAAACAAUAGAAAUUUCCUCAUUAAGAAAUCAUCUAUUUUCUUAGCUAUUAGAUGAAGGAUUCAUAAAGUUUCAUAAAAUCAAUAUAAAUAAUAAUAAAGAAAAUAAAAAGGAAUUAAAAAAAAAAUGCUUGUAGAUGUAAAAAAGGGCGGAGUUACUACAAUCCCUGGAUUGAAUCAGAUACAAUUUGAAGGAUUUUCUAGGUUUAUUGAUCAAGGUUUAAUGGAAGAACUUUCUAAGUUUCAAAAAAUUGAAGAUCUAGAUCACGAAAUCCAGUUUCAUUUAUUUGUGGAAACAUCUCAAUUGGUAGAACCGUUGAUCAAGGAAAGAGAUGCUGUGUAUGACUCACUAACAUAUUCUUCUGAAUUCUAUGUAUUGGCAGGAUUAAUUUGGGAGAGCAAGUAAGGAUCGAUCUACACGUAUGCAAGAACAAAUCAUUUUUCUUGGCAGCAUUCCUCUAAUGAAUUCCCUGGGAAGUUUUAUAGUAAAUGGAAUCUAUAGAAUUGUGAUCAAUCAAAUACUACAAAGCCCUGGCAUUUAUUAUCGGUCAGAAUUGGACCAUAACGGAAUUUUGGUUUACACCGGCACAAUAAUAUCAGAUUGGGGAGGAAGAUUAGAAUUAGAAAUUGAUAGAAAAGCAAGAAUAUGGGCUCGUGUGAGUAGGAAAAAAAAAAUAUCGAUUUUAGUGCUAUCAUCAGCUAUGGGAUUAGAUCUAAGAGAAGUUAUAGAUAAUGCCUGUUAUCCUGAAAUUUUUUUUAUCUUUUCUGAGUGAUAAGGAUACAAAAAAAAUUGGUUCAAAAGAAAACGCGAUUUUGGAGUUUUAUAAAAAAUUCGCUUGCGUAGGCGGUGAUCCGUUAGGGUAUGAAAUACUUAUGUAAGGAAUUACAAAAAAAAUUUUUUCACCAAAGAUGUGAAUUAGGACGGCUUGGUCGACGAAAUAUGAACCGAAGACUUAAUCUUGAUAUACCCCAGAAUAAUACUUUUUUGGUACCACGAGAUAUAUUAGCAGCCGCCGAUCAUUUGAUUGGACUCAAAUUUGGAAUGGG